GAGAGAGCGAGUGGGGGAGAGAGAGGAAGAGAGAGAGCUCAAUUUCCCAGCCUUGCUUAGGUUUCGAAGGAUUUUAAAGGAGAUGGAGAGAGAGUGUGUGUGUCUGUGGUCUCUGUGUUGCUUGUGGGAAGAGGUGAAAGCUGAAAGGCUGCAUUUGUAGCCUGAAACCUUUUCUCUUUUUCCUGCCUGAGUGCCCUUCUCUCUCUCUCUCUCUCUCUCUCUCUCUCUCUCUCUCUCUCUCUCUCUCGGUGUCACUAACCGCCCGGCUAAGAUCCUCUCUAAUCCUCCUUCUUUUCAUCGAAUUGUAAUUGAGAAGAAGGACAAAGUUGAAGUGAACAGAAGAUUUCGUUUAAAUUGAGAUACAUGGUUCUGUACUCCACCGUUGCUUUAGACUGUCAAUGGUGCUCUCUUUUUGCCAGCCCUUGAACUUGGAAGGGGAUCGACAGCAAACGGAAUUCCAACAGGGACGACUCAUGUUUGGUCCUGGUCAAUCGGCAGCAGCAGAAGGCCCAACGCCAUCUUUAGCCAACUCCCCAUUUCCUUCUGUAUCCGUUCUCAGCUGUGCAGAUAAAGGAAGCAACAAGAGGAAAAGGAGGCCUGCUGGCACCCCAGAUCCUGAUGCUGAGGUUAUCUCCCUCUCUCCUAAAACAUUGCUCGAAUCCGACCGCUAUGUCUGCGAGAUCUGCAACCAAGGGUUCCAGAGGGACCAGAACCUCCAGAUGCACCGCCGAAGGCACAAGGUGCCGUGGAAGCUGCUCAAGAGGGAGACGCCGGAGAUCAGGAAACGGGUGUUCGUCUGCCCGGAGCCGACGUGCCUCCACCACGACCCUUGCCAUGCCCUCGGCGACCUCGUCGGAAUAAAGAAGCAUUUCCGGCGGAAACACAGCAACCACAAGCAGUGGACGUGCGAGAAGUGCUCCAAGGCCUACGCCGUUCAGUCGGACUACAAGGCCCAUCUCAAGACCUGCGGCACCAGAGGUCACUCCUGUGACUGCGGCCGCGUCUUCUCCAGGGUGGAGAGCUUCAUAGAGCAUCAAGAUGUCUGCAGUGCUGGGAGAGAUCGGCAAGAACAACAAGUUCCACUGUCCGUCUCCUUGUCUCGAACAGCUUCCACUACCAGCCCAUCUAGUGACACCAAUUUCAGCGCACCAAAUUGGUCUGCCAUGAAAAUUUCUAGCUACCCAAGUGGAUUUGGUGCAGCUUCCGACCAUUUUCCUCAGAACCUUGAACUCCAGCUCUUGCCCACUUCCAAUAAUCAUCCAACCUCACCAAAUCCGACCAAUCAGCUACUGAAUAAAGACGGAAACCAGUCGACUAUAUUGCAACUCUCAAUAGGCCCAGGCCAUGAAAGCAAUAAACCGGCCAUCAAACCCAACCAAAGGCCUGAACUCUCAUGGCUACUAGAUAUCAACAAGCCCCUGGACGAACUCAGUUUGGAACAACAGCUGAUUAUCAACCAAAACACCAAGAAUUCGCCGUCGAUCGACUCAUUUAAUAAUGAUAUGCUAUCGGCUUUGAAGCUGAAGGACCAAGCCAGGGAUCAACUAAAGUUAGCAACGGCGGAGAAGACGUACGCAGAAGAGAUUAGGCAGCGUGCCAGACUGCAGAUCGAACUAGCGGAGAAGGAAUUCGCCGACGCAAAGAGAAUCAGGCAACUUGCUCAGGAUGAACUACAGAAGGCCCGGCUUAUGAGGGAUCAAGCAAUCAAGCAAGUGAAUAGUAUCAUGCUACAGAUCACAUGUCAAUCCUGCAAACACCAUUUUCAGGCCGCAGCCCAACCGUCCGAUCAGAAUUCAUUGGCCAUAAGAUACGUUUCUUCUGUUGCUGCAGAAGGCCUAGGAGAAAAUGGUAACAAACACCCCAUGAGAAUCCUAAGCCUCUAAGCCAUGUCACCGUUAACUGCAAUACUAUAUCGUUUCGAUAUUGCUUCAAAUUAUUUAUCCUGUUUUCCCUCCGAUUCUGAGUUCAGAUUGUGAUUAGUGGUGUAGUUUGAAUGAACAUCUGAAAUUCAGAAUUGGUUUUGUCUGAUUUCUCUUUCCCUGUGUAUGUGUUUCUAAUACAUGUGCACCAUCUUGGAUUUCUCUCUU